AUGCCUCCAUCAGUCUUGCCCUGGGUUGUCUUCACGCUGCUGUGGCUGACUCCACCGGUUGUGACUCCUGUCAAUAGACAAUAUGAUCCAUUGGUGCUUCGAGGCCCACCUGCUGUGUUUGAGGGAGACUCUGUGGUUCUGAGGUGCGAUGCAAAGAAAAGUACAUCACAAAAGAUCCCGACAUUUUACAAGAAUGCGGUCCCUCUGCAAUCAUCUGGUCGAAGUUCUGAGCUCGUUAUUCAGCAUGCAGAUCAGAGGGCCAACGGUCAAUACCACUGCACUAAGAAGGGGUUUGGGUCCAAAAUUUCUUCCAAUACAGUCAGAGUCCAAGUCCAAGAAUUAUUCCCACGUCCUGUGCUGAUGGUCAGACCCUCUGAACUCAUAGAUGGAAGCCCGGUGACACUGGCCUGUCAGACUCAGCUCCCUGCACAGAAGUCAAAUGUCCAGCUCCAGUUCUGUUUCUUCAGAAACCUCCAGGCUCUGGGGUCAGGCUGUCACAGCUCCUCGGAGUUUCACAUCCCUGCCAUAUGGACUGAAGAUGCAAUGUGGUACCAGUGCACUGCAGAAACAACGGAUGCCCAAGUAAGCAAACGAAGCCUGCCAAUCAGAAUUACUGUACAGAGAGCUUUUGCAGACUUCCAAAUACACAUCGUCCCAGCCUCAAGGUUAGUGUUUGAAGGGCAGUUGCUGUUAUUCAACUGCUCAGUAAAAGGGGUCCCAGGGCCCAUCACACUUUCCUGGUACAAAAGAGACAAGCUGAAUAAGGAAACAAAGAUCACUAAGUCCUCAGAGGCAGAAUUCAAGAUCUCCAGGGUAAACAGCAGUGACGCGGGGGAUUAUUACUGUGAAGCCAACAACAGUCGCCGAAGCUUUGUCAGCAAGGCAGUCGCCAUCACCGUAAAAGUUCCAGUGGCCCGCCCUGUCCUCACACUUGGGGUCCCUGGAGCCCAAACUGUGGUGGGGGACAUGCUAGAGCUUCACUGUGAGGCUCUGGAAGCCUCUCCUCCAAUCCUGUACCACUUUUAUUACCAAAAUGUCACUCUGGGGAUCAGCUCAGCCCUUUCUGGAGGAAGAGGGUCCUUCAACUUUUCUGUGACUGCAGAACAUUCUGGAAACUUCUUCUGUGAGGCUGACAACGGCCAGGGGCCCCAGCGCAGUGAUACUCUGGCUCUGAGUGUUAUAGACACAACCAAGAACAGAAGAGUUCCUGUGGCUGCUGGAGUCACCGGGGGACUGCUCGCCGUGGCUGGCACGGCUGCUGGUGUGCUGUUUUAUUGCUGGUUCUCUAGAAGAGCAGGGGGAAAGUCUGCCUCUGGUGACUCCAGGAACCCUUCAUAUUCAGAAUCCCAGGAGCCCACCUAUUACAACGUACCAGCCUGUAUAGAACUGCAGCCAGUAUACAGCAAUGACCCUAAAGGAGAAGUGAUUUACACAGAAGUGCGUUGCGCCCUACAGAGAUGUAAGCAUGCAGUGUCUGAAACUAAUCCAAAGCUACCAUACAGCACUGCCUUCUCCGUUGCCCGUGAACGAGCUCAGGAUGACUGUUAA